UGGGCAGACAGAAUGGCUCCAGUGAACCAGCCAAAGGACAAAAAGCAUGACAAGGCGCUUGAGCACUGGACGGAAGAAGCAAAAUCAUCUGGGAAGAGGAAAUUGGACUACGAGGAACUAGGAAAUGAGCCACAAGCAAAAAGAUUGAUUGUGAGAAAAACAUCCAAACCCCCAGAGAAAAUGGGUUGGAGUGGAGGUAGGUCCAUGAUGAAAAACAACAGAGUCCUUUUCCAUCAGCUGGGGCGGCAGUGCAGCAUUGUUCAUUAUCUCUACCAGAACAUGCUGGGAGGUUCCAUUCGGGCACAGCUCAGGCAGUGUCUGCAGCUGCCCUUUCUGCGUUCUCUAGCCUCAUACCGCCUGUUUCGAACAGCAAGUCCCUUUGACAGGAGAGUGACAUGUCUGGAAUGGCAUCCAACACACCCCAGUACUGUAGCGGUUGGUUCCAAAGGUGGAGACAUCAUCCUCUGGGAUUAUGAAGUACUUACUAAAACCUGCUUCAUAAAAGGGAAAGGGCCAGGAGAUUCUCUCGGAGACAUCAAGUUCAGUCCCUAUGAGGCUGUGAAGCUUUAUGUGGCAUCAGGGGAUGGCACCCUAAGUCUGCAGGACCUUGAGGGCAGAGCAGUGCAGGUCAUCUCCCGUGUCUCGGACUGUGGCCAUGAGUACCAUAAUGUUUGUUGCUGGUACUGCAGUGUUGAUGUUUCUGCAAACUGCCGUGCAGUGGUGACAGGAGAUAAUGUGGGCAACGUGGUCCUGCUCAGCACUUCUGGUGAAGAGAUAUGGAAGCUGAAAUUGCACAGAAAGAAAGUGACUCAUGUGGAGUUUAACUCCCGAUGUGAGUGGCUGUUGGCCACUGCAUCUGUGGAUCAGACAGUGAAAAUCUGGGACCUCAGAAACAUUAAAAAUAAAACAAAUUUUCUUCAUCUGCUUCCUCAUGACAAACCUGUCAAUGCAGCUUACUUCAGCCCAACAGAUGGUGCCAAGCUCCUGAGCACAGACCAGCGCAAUGAAAUUAGGGUUUACUCAUCUUCAGAUUGGACCAAGCCACAGCAUCUGAUCCCACAUCCACAUCGACAGUUUCAGCACCUCACGCCCAUUAAGGCAACAUGGCAUCCUCGCUAUGACCUCAUUGUAGCAGGUCGCUACCCAGACCCUAAGUUCCCAGGGUAUACGGUGAAUGAGCUACGGACUGUGGAUGUAUUUGAUGGAAACACUGGGGAGAUGGUUUGUCAACUCCAUGAUCCAAACGCUUCUGGUAUCAUCUCGCUCAACAAAUUUAACCCUAUGGGAGACACACUGGCUUCUGGCAUGGGCUUUAAUAUUCUGAUCUGGAGCCGGGAGGAGAUGGUGGCCAAGAAACAAGAACAUCUUUUGAAAGCCAUGACAGAACAGGGUAUUGGAAGCUGGAGUUUGUCCAGACACAGAGGGCAAAGGCAAGCAAACCCUGGGACAAGUAAACUCAAAGCUAACUUACUGUCUUGGGAGCUGGAGGAGACGAGAACAAAAAGCAAUGAUUCUAAAUCACAGGGAAAGAAGCGAAAAGGGAAGGAUCUAGAGAACUGAUUUAGUAUUUUGAUCCUUUCUAGAUCACAGGGUACGAAUUCCAUGUUGGCAAGGAGCAGUAUAAGCU